UCUCUGGUCAUCUUUAUUUCUGUUGCUCUGUCAGCAGUCAUCUCCUGUACUGUCCACAGUCUCUGGUCAUCUCCUGUACUGUCCGCAGUCUCUGGUCAUCUCCUGUACUGUCCGCAGUCUCUGGUCAUCUCCUGUGCUGUCCGCAAUCCUCUGGUCAUCUCUUGUACUAUGUCUGCAGUCUCUGACCAUCUCCUGUACUAUGUCCACAGUCUCUGGUCAUCUCCUGUACUAUGUCUGCAGUCUCUGGUCAUCUCCUGUACUGUGUCUGCAGUCUCUGACCAUCUCCUGUACUAUGUCUGCUGUCUCUGGUCAUCUCCUGUACUGUGUCCGCAGUCUCUGGUCAUCUCCUGUACUAUGUCUGCAGUCUCUGGUCAUCUCCUGUACUGUGUCCGCAGUCUCUGGUCAUCUCCUGUACUGUGUCCGCAG